AUGAUGCAAGUGAGAGACUCGUCCAAGUUUCAGCAGCUGCAAAUGCCGACUGGGAAAGCCGGGUAUGAAUUGCAGUUUUGUCACAGUCUCAUUGACGAGACGAUGGCCAGAAUUGAAGAUCCUCUACGGUGGGCAGAAGCCGCUCGUGCUAUGGAUCAGAGUCACUGGGAGGAGGUGUCCAAGUUGGUGCACGAGUUUCAGGAAUGCAAAGAGGUGCUGAUUCAAGGAGUAACUCUCACAGUAGCCCAAGUGGCAGCUGUUGCGAGGCGUCCUGAAGUGACGGUGGUGCUCGAUGCAGCUGCUGCCAAGGAGCGCGUGGAGGAGAGCUCCGACUGGGUGCUUCACAACAUCAGGAAAGGCACUGACAUUUACGGUGUCACCACUGGAUACGGUGCCACCUCCCAUCGCCGCACCGAUCAGGGGCCCGAGCUGCAGAAGGAGUUGAUUCGGUUCCUCAACGCAGGAGUUGUUGGGAAAGACGCCUCGAACGUGCUGCCCGUGUCUACGACGCGAGCAGCAAUGCUGGUGAGAACGAACACUUUGCUGCAAGGGUAUUCGGGCAUUCGGUGGUCGAUCUUACAAACGAUCCAGAAGCUCCUUAACAAGCAGAUCACCCCGAGGCUUCCUCUUCGAGGCACCAUUACUGCUUCGGGAGAUCUCGUUCCUCUCUCCUACAUUGCAGGUCUGCUCACCGGGAGACCGAAUUCCAAGGCAGUGACGGAGUGUGGAGAUGUUGUGAAUUCGCGAGAAGCAUUGAAGCUCGUUGGAUUGCUGAAGCCCUUCGAGCUGCAGCCCAAAGAAGGCCUAGCUCUAGUGAAUGGCACGGCUGUGGGUUCAGCUCUGGCUUCCACAGUUUGUUACGAUGCGAACGUGCUGGCCCUCUUUGCUGAAGUGGUGUCAGCUCUGUUCUGCGAAACGAUGCAGGGUAAGCCCGAAUUCACCGACCACCUCACGCACAAGCUCAAGCAUCAUCCCGGACAGAUUGAAGCAGCUGCCAUCAUGGAGUGGGUGCUGGAGGGGAGCUCAUACAUGAAGGCCGCAGCUAAACUCCACGAAACGGACCCUCUGCAGAAGCCCAAGCAAGACCGAUACGCAUUGAGGACCUCUCCUCAGUGGCUUGGACCCCAGAUCGAAGUCAUCCGUGCAGCCACUCAUUCGAUUGAGAGGGAGAUAAAUUCCGUCAAUGACAACCCGCUCAUUGAUGUGUCUCGAGAUAAGGCAGUGCACGGAGGAAACUUCCAAGGUACACCGAUUGGAGUGUCCAUGGACAAUUUGCGCCUUGCAAUAUCAGCGAUGGGCAAGCUGAUGUUUGCUCAGAUGUCGGAACUUGUCAAUGACUUCUACAACAGUGGGCUUCCAUCGAACCUUACAGGAGGUCCGAACCCGAGUUUGGAUUAUGGGUUCAAAGGAGCGGAAAUAGCUAUGGCAUCCUACACCUCGGAACUCUUGUACUUGGCCAAUCCAGUGACCACCCAUGUGCAGAGUGCAGAGCAACACAACCAGGACGUGAAUUCUCUGGGGCUCAUCUCGGCUCGAAAGACCGAGGAGGCCAUCGAAAUCUUCAAACUCAUGUGUUCCACCUUCCUUGUAGCUCUGUGCCAGGCUGUGGAUCUUCGACACUUGGAGGAGAACAUGCAACACAGUGUCAAGCAAGUGGUUUCUCAAGCUGCUAAGAAAUCUCUAUUCACAGAUACACAGGGAUGCCUACUCCCAUCACGCUUUUGUGAGAAGGAUCUCUUGAAAGUGGUCGACGACCAACCUCCCUUCUCUUACAUAGAUGAUGCCACUAGUGCAACGUACCCAUUGAUGCAGAAACUGCGACAGUGUCUCGUGAGUCAUGCCAUGGCUAACGCAAAUGACGACGAGAGCUGCAGCAUAUUUCGAAGAAUUUCUAUCUUCGAGGAACAGGUCAAGCAUGAACUUCAGACCACAGUGCCCAUGGUGAGGGAACAAUUCGACAACGGCAUUACGACGAUGCCGAAUAGGAUUAGCGACUGCAGGAGCUAUCCUAUCUACAGGUUCGUUAGAUCUUUGGGCACGAAGCUUCUCGUUGGCACGGAGUCAAGGUCACCAGGGCAGGAUAUUGAGCUUGUUUACGAAGCUAUUACAGAAGGCAAACUCGCCUCUCCUUUGCUCGAGUGUUUAGCUGGCUGGAAUGGAAGGCCCAAGUCCAUCGACCACUGCGGGAUUGUAGUAUAG